CCGUCUCGCGUUGAUGGCGUCAUUCUGUGGCGCCAAAACAGUCGGCUCUCAGUCAGCUUCUACCUCCAUUGUGGACAUACACACUUAUCUAGGUCGUAAACAAAAUCACGUGUGUUGUGUUUAAUGUGUCACCCACAUCUGCUGUUUUUUUAGCCCGUCUAGUGGUUUUUGGUCCUUGUCGGUCUCGCCAUGAACGACGACGAUGGUUUGAUGUCAAGUUUUCAUUCAGAUCAACUCCAUGCUAAUGUGGCGUCUGUUCCUGAUGGACUUUGCUGGGUGUCAGUUCUUUCCUGUUUAUUGCUUGCGUGCUCCUAUGUUGGAAGUUUAUACGUUUGGAAAAGCGAUUUACCAAGGGAUCAUCCUGCAGUGAUCAAACGGCGCUUUACCAGUGUUCUGAUUGUGUCCGCUCUGUCUCCAGUGUUUGUGUGGUCAUGGAAAGAGUUCACAGGCAUCCAGCCUGGUCCUUCAUUACUGGCCCUUAUGGGGAUCCGGUUGGAGGGUCUUAUUCCUGCUAUCAUUCUUCCGCUGCUAUUGACCAUGGUGCUGUUUCUGGGCCCUCUGAUCCAGCUAGCCAUGGAUUGCCCCUGGGGCUUCAUCAAUGGGAUGAAAGUUGUAGUCGACCCCUGUUUCUGGACGUUGUGUCUGGGUGACAUGCGCUGGCUGAGGAACCAGGUUGUGGCGCCAUUGACAGAGGAGCUGGUUUUUCGGGCAUGCAUGCUUCCCAUGCUAGUACCCUGCGCCAGCCCCUCAACCGCAAUCUUCACAUGCCCGCUUUUCUUUGGAGUUGCUCAUUUUCAUCAUGUAAUCGAGCUCCUGCGGUUCAGACAGGGCACUGUCUCAGGGAUUUUCCUCUCUGCAGUGUUCCAGUUCUCCUACACUGCAGUAUUUGGAGCUUAUACAGCUUUUAUAUUCAUCAGGACAGGUCAUUUGGUGGGUCCCGUGCUGUGCCAUUCCUUCUGCAACUAUAUGGGUUUUCCAGCUCUCAGCACAGCCCUGGACCACCCGCACCGCCACACCAUUCUCUUCUUUUACAUGCUGGGGGUCGUUCUCUUCUUCCUCCUCAUCUUCCCCAUGACUGAUCCACUCUUCUACGGUUUGCCCACACCCGUCUGCACCCUGACCUCCACGCCUGGAUCCAUCUGCUCCUGAUCCAUCCAUACCAUUAUACCUCAUUUCAUCCAUUCCUCCUCUCCAGCCCGUUGAAAAGGAGUGGCUGUUUUGCUGCUGGUUUCACCAGGAGAGCGAGGGACUGCUGGAGAACAGGUAUGAAAAUUCACAGCCUCUGUGAGGUGGUGCGUGGAAGAACUCGGUGGAUGCAAAACAUCCUCAGCUUGCACUGACCAUUCUUUUCACCAUUCAGCCAAUGUUGUGUUAUCAAGUGACUUAUCUAAUCUAAGAGCCAGGCCUAUGUUGGCCAGACAAGUUGGAUUAUACGCAUUAACAUGUUUAUCUGACAAUAUUUCAGUGUUUAUCUUGAGAUUGGUGCUGGGGAUAAAGAUCAGACACUAUUACGGGUUUCCUAGAAAGAUUUGUAUGCUGAAAUCUGCAUUGCUCAAAUGCUAGAUUCCCUAUUUUUUGUUGUGAUUAUUAUAAUCUUUCUCACAAA